CGAGCACUUUGCAGAAGUGGAAACUUGUCAAAUUAUAAAUUGGCUUUUACGACCGCCUUAUCUAUUUUAUAAUGUUUAGCAAAAAUUAUCAUUUCAGUGAGAUUCAUAAUCACAAUGCCAUUCUCUAUAUAAAUACCUCAAGCGUGUGAUGGAAACGUGCACACACCAAUACACCAUAGAGUACAUAAACAUAUAAACACCUUCCAUAUUGAAUAACUAGCACAUAACAUAUGGCUAGCAUGAAAGUUUGGCUGUGUUUGUUCCUGAUAUGCGUUUCGUGGUCGCGGUUAUCAGCAUCUCGGCCGCUUACAAACGCAGACGGAAAUAAACGAGGGCGUAUGAUGAGAGAAGCAGAAAAAGUGCUGAAAGUUAAUAUGGAAAAGCUAAUGGAGAGAGGUUUCAAUGAGUCCAUGAGACUUAGCCCUGGAGGUCCCGACCCUCGUCAUCACUGAGUAUGAAUUCUCGUAGAUUUAAAUUUACAGGGAUGUAUUUUCUCGAUCGAGAACCGGUUUAGAAGAAAACUGUUUUU